UGUUUCUACCGACGUGUUGACAUCCGCCUUUUACGGGCAUGUCCUACGUGGGUCAGACCGGACUUUUAAAGUAUAUUUCGAGUCGUUUGUGCUGCAGGUGUGAGUGGGAGGUGAAGAGGCUUUUUUACCGAGAACGAGGAGCGGGCUGCAGGAGCUGAGCAGCCGGACAGGAGAGCUCAUGGCCGGGCUGCUGCUGGUGUUUAUCGGAGGGCUGCUGGAGGUUUGCAGCGGCGUCUCCGCAAACAGAGGAGGUUCUCCUUCCUUCACAGACGAAAUUCUUUUUAAAAUCACCUGGCCAGGGGCUGAAUUAACACUGCCAACUUCAGGUGCACUUUACAAAGAAGAUGACUUCGUCAUUAUGACAACGACAGAAAAGGAGAAGUACAAAUGCUUGCUGCCUUCACUGGCAUCAGAAGAAGAGGGGGAUAAGAAAGGGUACACCGGGCCCAGUCCAGGUGAACUGCUGGAUCCACUGUUCAAACGCAGCAGCUGCUCCUACAGGAUUGAGUCAUACUGGACAUACGAGGUGUGCCAUGGGAAGCAUGUAAGGCAGUUUCAUGAAGAGAAGGAGACUGGACAGAAAAUUAAUGUUCAAGAGUAUUUCCUGGGAAAUAGGGCAGAGAUGAGCCUGUCAGCAGAUGCUGAUCCAGCUGAAGAGAAAGAAAAAGUCAAAGCAGCACCAGCAGAAGUGCCCACGAAAAACAUUGAAGGCCAGCUGACCCCGUACUACUCAAUGGUGAUGGGCAACGGGACCCCAUGCGUGUUGAAGCAGAACGAGCCGCGCUCCACGUCCGUGCUGUACGUCUGUCACCCGGAGGCCAAGCAUGAGAUCUUGUCUGUGGCGGAGGUCACCACGUGCGAAUAUGAGGUCGUGGUGCUGACACCACUGCUCUGCGCGCACCCCAAGUACAGGUUCAAGUCGUCUCCGGUGAACGCCAUCUUCUGCCAGGCUCUGGAGGGCUCCCCUCUGCAGCCUCAGAGGCUCACCCAGUUGGACAAGGAGCAAGAGGAGCAGCUUAAACCGCCUUUCAGCACCGACACCAGAGAGGAGGAAACGUCGCCAGUUAGAGAGGAAGCCUUCACCUCCACUAACAAACCCAUGAGUGUCGGAGGGCAGGUUCAGGUCACCGUGGGCACCACUCACAUCUCACGCUUGACUGACAACCAGCUGAUCAAAGAGUUCCUCAGUGGCUCUUAUUGUCUGCACGGAGGUGUAGGAUGGUGGAAAUACGAAUUCUGUUACGGGAAACAUGUCCAUCAGUACCACGAGGACAAAGAGCAAGGGAAGAACAUCGUGGUGGUGGGGAACUGGAAUGCAGAGGAGCACAUUGACUGGACCAAGAAGAACUCUGCCCGAUCCCUCCAGCUCAAAGAUGACGGAGUUCAGAAAGUCAAGUGGGUUUCCCAUUUCUAUGGUCACGGGGAUGUGUGUGAUCUGACAGGAAAGCCCAGACAGGUCAUCGUGAAGCUCAAGUGUAAAGAGUCUGAGUCUCCACACGCUGUCACCAUCUACAUGCUGGAGCCUCAAACUUGUCAGUACAUCCUCGGGGUUGAGUCUCCUGUAAUAUGCAGAAUUCUGGACACAGCUGACGAGCAUGGACUUCUGUCAGUCUCCAGUUAGAUUAAGAUCUCAUGACGGCAGCGGUGCGUGAUGAGCGGACACAUUAAAUGGAAGCAGACCGUGCUGAAAGCCUAAACUGAGGUUGACUGAUCCUAAGGCUGGACUUCAUGAAGCCUAGGAGCAGAACCGGUGAAACGUCGACCCCAACAGACGAGCAAAGAACGAAAAGGGACUCGCCCAACAGAGCCUUGGAUUUUAAGAUGAUUCUUUGAGUUCAUUGCAAGGACAGAUGAAUUGGAUUAAUAAUCAUCAGGGAAAUCAACUCUCUUCGUGUGUAUGUGCUAUGAAAUGAUGAGCUUCUUGCAGGGAAGAGGUAAAAGCAAAGUUGGAAAAUGUUCUGCAGCAAGAUGUGUCAAUUUACAGCACGAGUGAGUGUAACUUAUGCAUGAGAGGCUGUUGUGGAAUAAUGAAAGUUCGUGCUUUUAUUCAGAUUUCACAGAAGUUUGUAGGAUGUACAGAAUGUGUGUCCAGUUAAGAGUUAUUCUGUGGUUUUACCAAGAUGCACACUGGGAACUUCAUCGCUGCUGUAUGACGGGUAAAAAACAUUUUUUCUGCAAAGAAUAAAUAGAACUUGAUUUGUA